GAUAUCCCUGCCGAUGAUCCUGAAGUUAAAAGAGCGUCCGUAUUCCGCGUCAAGGUAAAAGAACAGUUUAGCCUACUGGACCGCGUCAAACGCUUCUCAGACUGGCAUCAAGUCAGGAACGGUAUUGCUGCCAUCACUAAAUUCCAACAGASAAUCAAGCUCAGAUCAAGGAACGAAGCCAACGAUAAGCCAAACGUGGAUGUCAAGGCCAUUAAGCUUGCAGAAUCGGARAUAAUUCGCGCAGAACAGUUGAGCAACUUUCAAGAAGAAAUUGAGACCCUACGYAAUCAAGGCAAGGAACCAGCCACAGUGAAGAAGAGCAGCCCWAUAUAUCGACUCGAUCCCUUCAUCGACACGGAAGGCGUUCUAAGAGUCGGCGGAAGAUUAAGCAACAAAGAUGUAGCGUUUAAUAUCAAGCAUCCGGCUAUCCUACCAAAGAAGGGUCAUGUCACGGAAUUGGUCGUCAGACAUUUCCAUACCAGGAUAAGCCAUCAAGGUCGUACAACAACGCACGCUGAAAUUCGAGCGUCAGGAUAUUGGAUAAUUGGCGGUGCUUCCGUUGUUGGACAUCAGCUAUCCAAAUGCGUCAUAUGCCGACGGUCAAGAGGUGCUCUGGAACAACAAAAAAUGGCGGACUUGCCAGACGAUAGAGUAAAGGAGGCACCCCCCUUUACAUACAGUGCCGUUGACUACUUCGGACCUUGGCUCAUAAAGGAAGGCAGAAAGGAGCUGAAACGCUAUGGCGUMCUCUUUACUUGCAUGAACUCUCGGGCGAUCCAUUUAGAGACAGCGUCGUCGCUAACAACCGAUUCGUUCAUGAAUGCCUACCGUCGCUUCGUGGGUAGAAGAGGUCCGGUGCGCCAACUCAGAUCUGAUCAAGGGACUAACCUCAUGGGAGCAAGGAACGAACUACACGCUGCAAUGGCAGAACUACAACACGACAGGAUAAGGUCCAAACUACUGAAGGAUGAGUGUGACUGGGUGCACUUCAAACCAAACGUGCCCCAUGCCAGUCACAUGGGCGGAGUAUGGGAGCGACAGAUUCGCACUGUCAGAAGCGUGCUGACGACGUUGCUCCGCAGCCACGGAACCCAACUAGACGAYGAAUCGCUGAGAACAUUAAUGGUGGAGGCAGAAUCUAUCGUAAACUGCCGUCCAUUGACUACAMCUGGAAGUUCACCUUCAGACUCCGUGGAAGUACUCACGCCAAACCAAUUGCUAACACAGAAAUCCAAAAUAGUCCUCCCUCCUCCAGGUAACUUUCAACAGGCGGACCUGUACUCAAGGAAACGUUGGGUGCGGGUGCAGCAUUUGGCCAAUCAGUUUUGGACUAGAUGGCGCAAGGACUUCCUCUAUGCCUUGCAAGAGAGACAGAAAUGGGAGCGUCCAAGGACGAACCUAGAAAUUGGAGACGUCGUGAUCCUGAAGAACGAAAACCAAUCCAGAUCGCAGUGGCGCCUAGCUCGAAUAGCACAGACAUUCCCCAGUGAUGAUGGUCUAGUCAGAAAGGUACGAUUGAAGAUGGCAGACAACUCCAAAGAAAACAAGAUAAACGCACCUACCUAUCUUGAUCGUCCUAUCCACAAGCUAGUGCUGCUUGUACGCCAAAAUGAACAGUGAUGAGUAUCCCGCUGCCACAGUACGGGGAAUUCCCCACCAGAGGAGCCUAGCAGCAAAACAAGCUAAUUCAUGAACAAUUUUAGAUUGAAUAUUAUCUCAUUUAUUGCUCUUUAUCACAUUUUGUUUUGUUUUGUUUAUCGGUUUAAAAGACACUAUUAAUCGCUGGAAGAGACAUUACUAUACGUUAAUUUUUGAGAUCAUUGUCACUGAUUAUAAAUUGAAGGAUCAAUUUAGGGGAGCCAUGUAAAU